UCCGAUGUGGAAUUUCAAGUUACGUACUAUAUGAACGAAGUGAUGAUCAUAUUAAAGCUUGUCAAAUCGGGCGUUGUUUAUGUUUUUUAUUUUUGGUGUGUUGUUUUUCAAAUUUUUGCUCGAUUUUUUAUAAAAUCAUAAUUUGAUUAUUGUGCAAAGAAUAUAAUUAUUUUCACAUCAAAAUAAUGGCCAAAAACACGUUAAGCAGUCAAUUUCGUAAGAUUGAUGUCGAUCAAUUUGGUGAAGAUGUAUUCAAAGAAGAAGAUCAAUUGGAUCAAUCUAGUCCGGCUGGUUUGAAUGUGGACGAAAAAGAGAUCUGUAAUCUAAUAAAUUCGGCUAAACAAAAAGAUGCAUUAAAAUUGGUAUUGAAUUCGGCACCAAUCGGAUCGAAAAGUCAAUAUUUACGUGAUGCUAAUCUUCAAUUAGCACUAAAAGUAUUAUUAUCGGUAAAAAUAUCCGAAAUUGAAGCCAUUUGUAAUGAAUUAAAUUUUGAUGAGAUUGAUAUACUUAUGAAAUAUAUUUAUCGUGGUUUUGAGCUUCCAUCCGAUAAUUCCAGUGCUCAUCUAUUAGUAUGGCAUGAUAAAGCAUUCCAAAAAGGUGGUGUUGGUUCAAUCAUUCGUGUGCUUACUGAUCGACGACGUGUUUGAUGAACAAAAAAAAAAAAAACAUUAAUUGUUGAAAACAAUCAAAUUUAAAGUGAAAAUUUCAAUCAAAUCA